AGCGUAAGGUUUAAGUGAGGCCACCAUUUGUCCGUGUUCACCACUUUAGUCAAACACUGGAGCCUGAUGCUUGGUUUUAUCGCCUAGGAAAUGAGAAUACAAAUAUGCUGGGCUUUGAUUACCUCAGUACUACUUAUGACCUACGUGGAAAAUUUGGCCUUCAGAACAGCAUCUUACACAGAAUCAGAGCAAAACCAGGUCUUCGAAAUCCACAACGACUUUAAGCUUGUGGGACAUGUCUUUGAAACUUCUAUUGUUGACGAGUUCGACUGUGGAUUACGAUGUGUAAGAGACUGGAAAUGCUUGUCAUACAAUCACAACGGAGACAAAUCUUGUGAACUGAACGACCAAACAUGGCUUCUUAGCCCGGUGGCCCUAAAACCAGCCAAUGGAUUCAACUAUUAUGAAAAGGAGGGACGAGGAUUUCACCCAUCAAAUCCUGGACGCUCUUGCAUGGACUUAAGAAGUGAACAUCCCUUGCUGAAUGGAGAGUAUUGGAUAGACCCAGAGGGUAACAGAAACCCCAUGAAAGUCUACUGUGAUAUGACAACUGACGGAGGAGGCUGGCUUCUUGUUGCAAACUUAGUAACGGACGGCUCAACUCCACUCCCCAUUUGGACCGCUGAGUCAUCAUACCGCGGAAUCAGUAACUUUGCCAACAACAAAAUGUUUAUCACAACGAGUGCCAUGAAAGAACUCAGAAAACACUUCUCUUUCACUCAGAUGAGAUUCCACUGCAGUAAACAAAAGGGACGUAUCUUUCAUGUGACUACGGCUACCAACGCCUCCGGUAGAGCUGUGGUCCAGUACUUCAGCGGCCAGACAGAUGUGCUUCCCGACUCAUGUGGGUCUUUUCAAAGGAUGAAAGGUGACAACUCUAAGUUGGCCAUUGUGUGUGAGGACUGGGGAUUUGACAAACAGAUAAAAGUGGGAAAGUGGGGACACUCUGGUUCGAGAGGAGAGAACAGAUUGUAUGCUCACAGUGCAUAUGUUGCGUCUAAGUAUUACUGGUUAUUUGAAGACAGCUACUGGUAUUGUGAUGACACGACAAGCGACACCAACCCGACGGCAGGAGAUUUUUGGAAAAUCUACGUACGUUAGAUAAAUAGAGAAAAAAAUGGAAAAUAUUUCGACCGAGUGUUGAAGCACUGUUAAAAUGCAAGAUUUUUCAUUACAAUUUAUCGUAGACGUGGUGAACUCUCAAUUAUCACUCGGAGGAGAGAGUAAUUAAAUGAAUCUCGACCAUUUUACUGUUUUUCCCCACCUUUAGGCCAGUUUCAUGAAUUCAUUUCGAGUUCAGAUUGUUUUACUUUUGAGCAUUUUCUUGGUUCUGACUGUUUGUUUUCCAUGACGUUGGCUUUGGUACUACCACAAUCAGUUGAAAAUUGUUUUAGAACUGGGAAUUUGUUUCUUGUGUCUGUUCACACAUGUCCAUAUUUCUUUCCAGUGAAUAACAGUAGAUGCUGCGAAAUUUAUGUAGAAAACGUAAGGAAAGCCAAACUUUUCUUGAAAUUCCCUCAAAGGCUUUCGCAGAAACGUCAAAAGUUGCCCAUGCCUAGAUUUCCAAAAAGACUUGGUAUUCACUACACGUUCCUUAUUUGGAAUAAAGGGACGUGUUUUAAACACCAAUCAGAAGCUCUCUUCCCGUGCCUGAUGUAUGACGUUUACAUAGCUUCGUAUCUUACUCUUAGGGGUCAUUUUGAGGUAUAGGUAUGUAGGGUAUGUGCAGUUUUAUACUCGUAUACAAGAAACUAAAUACGGUCUAGUUAGAACUUAUGUCACUAUGGAAAUAGCUCGCUAAGGAUAAUAUGACUAUGUAAGAUCUGCCUUAAGGGAUUCAACGUGAUGUAAAGCGAUUCAAUAAAUCAGGCCGUAACGAUGACGAAAUCCGCGAGCAACUAAUUCUUCUCAACGAAAACUUACGCGAAACACGCACAUUCUUCAUGGAGGUUCUGGAAAACUGGCGCCAAGAAAGAAAUUCAA